AUGUCUUCCAACCAAGCCAUACCUCCCAGGAAAAGGUCGGGGGCGGGCCUUGACUUUGCGUCUUCUUUCCGUUCUGCAUCGCCGCUGGCCCAAGAGGUGUUGGCCCGAGACUUGGCUGAGUUCUCGGAUGAUGCGGCUGACGAAGUCGACAAUGAAGCACUAUCCGUGAGCGAUGACGAGGACGAUACACCGGGUCCUACACUUUACAGACGACCCAGCGGUGUCGCAUUUGGAGCGAUUAGACCUGCCCUAGCUGGGCCCGGAGGGCUAGGAGAAGAGCCAAUCCUCACCAGAGCCGAAAGGACGCGAAGUCGUGAUGAGGAGCGAUCUCUCCUCCGAGACAACCACAUUCUUCCUCCGAAGCACGACCGUCCGCCGCAAGAGCCGACACUGUUCAGGGCUUUAUAUACCAGACUAUUCAGUACCAAGGUCCCACGAAGGAUACCGGAUGAAGAAGGGGCCGCCAGUCCUAUCCAGAUUGUCAUCGCCCCUCCCACGCCAACAGUGACUGAGACUGAGCCGUUGCUUGGCGAAAGACGUCUCCGACACCGCGGCGCCAACGGUCACGGCGGUGAGCCCUCCUCUCACGACCGCGAACAUGAACACGAGCACCUCAACGAGCAAUGGGAAGCCGCCGUCGCCGCCGGUCAAAUCAAGACAACCUGGCAGCGCGAAGCCAAGACCAUCGCCGUCUAUUCGCGCUCCCUCAUCGUUACCUUCCUGCUCCAGUAUUCCCUCAACGUCACGUCCAUCUUCGCCGUCGGCCGCCUCGGCACCCUCGAGCUCGGUGCCGUCUCCCUUGCCUCCAUGACCGCAAGCAUCACCUGCUACGCGCCCAUCCAGGGUCUCGCCACCUCGCUCGACACGCUCUGCGCCCAGGCCUACGGGAGCGGCCACAAGACGCUUGUAGGGCUGCAGCUCCAGCGCAUGGUGUAUUUCCUGCUCCUCCUGCUCAUCCCUGUGGCAGCCAUCUGGCUCAACGCGGAGCCGAUCCUGGCGGCCAUGAUCGAGAAGGACAGCGCCAAGCUGGCGGCCCAGUAUCUCCGUGUGAUUCUCCUCGGCACCCCCGCCUAUGCCAUGUUCGAGGGCGGGAAGCGGUUCGUGCAAGCCCAGGGCCUGUUCCACGCUACCACCUACGUGCUAUUGAUCGCGGCGCCGGCCAACGUGCUGCUGAACUGGCUCUUCGUGUGGAAGCUCGGGUGGGGUUUCGUCGGCGCUCCGCUGGCGGUCGCAACGACACAGAACAUGCUGCCCCUGCUCCUGUUGCUGUAUGUCUGGAAGGUUGACGGGAGGCAGGCAUGGGGAGGCUUCAAGAGGGCGGCGCUAAGGAAUUGGGGGCCCAUGGUCCGGCUGGCGCUGCCGGGCAUGGUCAUGGUGGUGGCCGAGUGGUUCGCGUUUGAGAUCCUGACGCUGGCGAGCGGGAGGAUUGGUGUCGCUCAUCUGGCGGCGCAGAGUGUGCUUGUUACUGUCACGUCCACGACGUUCCAGAUCCCGUUCCCGUUGUCGAUUGCUGGCUCGACCAGAGUUGCGAACCUGAUCGGAGCCAAGUUGGUGGAUGCUGCGAAGACGUCGGCUAGAGUGACUGUUGUCGGCGGUGUCAUUGUCGGCCUCUUCAACGUGACACUAUUGUCCGUGUUUCGGAACCAGAUCGCACUGUUGUUCACCCAAGACCCCGAAGUGAUCAAGCUGGUGGCCCAGACGCUUCCCGUUUGUGCCAUCAUGCAGCUGUUUGAUGGCAUGGCUGCCGUGUCGCACGGUCUGUUGCGGGGUAUCGGUCGCCAGGAAAUCGGCGGCUACGUGAACCUCAUAGCUUAUUAUGUGAUUGCCUUGCCCAUCUCGCUCGGCUUGGGCUUUGGCUUGGGAUGGAAUCUCGUGGGCUUAUGGAUGGGCGUUUCGUUUGGACUUUUACUGGUGUCAUUGGUUGAGUAUUGGUUUGUCUGGUAUUCUGAUUGGGAGUUGGCUGCCAGGGAGGCGGAAAACAGAAAUGCCUCCGGUUAA